UACUGCAGCCGCGCUCUUCAUGGCCAAUUUAAUGGAUCUCACGGGCCGCCUCCGGCGGCGGACUGUCAGAUACUGAGUAACUCUCACGCGACUUCAACAUCUCCAUUCAAAGUCCGGGCAACCUGCCCAGACCGCCAGACCGGAGAGAGAGAGAGAGAGAGCGAGAAGCCGUGCUACUCUCUUCUUGCUACUUCUUUCGCCGUCUUCCCCUUCAAUUAAGAUCCUAGAUUCGGAGAGUAAAGAACCCCAAUGCGAAUCAUCUCCUUCACUUACCAAGCCCUCGAUUUGCUCAGCUUCGCAAGCUAGUGAAGGGCUAAACGGCGAAAAAAUGUCAUUUUGGGGUACUUCCUUCCUAAGCAACAAUCUCUCCAAGCGAACCCCAAUCUUUGGCCUCCACCUCUAUGUUUUCAUCGGAAUCUGUGUCGGCGCCUCCAUCGUCCUCUUCCUUUUCCUCCUUUCCCUCUGCUUCGCCUUCCGCCACCGCCGCCGCUCCCUCCCUCCCCCCUCCUACUCCUCCAGCCGCAAACCCCUCAAGCUCCACCUCCGCGACGCUACCCCUCCCAUCUCCAAGGAAAUCCUCAAAAUAGUCCACCAACGCUCUCCUAAACCCGCUGCGGCCCCUCCAAUCGGCAAGAUGGAGGUGGUCAUCCGCAAGGAAGACCAUCUCGCCUUGAUCUCCGACCAGCAACGCCCGCAUCCAAUCGAGGAGAGUAGUCGCACCGCCGCCGAUUGCUCGGCGUUGGUUAAAGGAUUAGUGCGUCUGCCGGAGGUUUCGCAUCUGGGCUGGGGUUACUGGUACACGCUACGGGAGCUCGAAGUGGCCACCGGUGAUUUUGCUGAUGAGAAUGUGAUCGGAGAAGGGGGUUAUGGGAUCGUCUAUCGUGGAGUGCUGGAUGAUGGAACGAUCGUAGCGAUCAAGAACCUGCUCAAUAACAGAGGGCAAGCUGAAAAGGAAUUCAAAGGAGAGGUUGAAACAAUUGGGCGAGUUAGGCACAAGAAUCUGGUCAGAUUGCUUGGCUACUGCGUUGAAGGGGCCUAUAGGAUGCUGGUUUAUGAGUAUGUAGACAAUGGUAACUUGGAUCAGUGGCUUCAUGGUGAUGUGGGGGAUGUAAGUCCACUUACUUGGGACAUCAGGAUGAACAUAAUACUGGGAACUGCUAAAGGCUUAGCAUAUCUUCAUGAGGGGCUAGAACCAAAAGUUGUACACAGAGAUGUGAAAUCUAGCAACAUACUACUUGACAGGCAAUGGAAUCCUAAAGUGGCUGAUUUUGGGCUUGCCAAGCUCUUAUGCUCGCAGAGGACUUAUGUUACGACUCGCGUCAUGGGAACAUUUGGCUAUGUGGCACCAGAAUAUGCUAGUACUGGAAUGUUGAAUGAGCGAAGUGAUGUUUACAGCUUUGGAGUACUAAUCAUGGAGGUCAUAACUGGUAGAACCCCAGUAGAUUACUCAAGGCCACCUGGAGAGGUGAAUUUGGUUGAAUGGUUGAAGAAUAUGGUUGGAGAAAGAAGAUCUGAGGAUGUUAUGGACCCUAAGAUCUUCAAGAAGCCUUCGUCGAAGAUGCUGAAACGGGCACUGCUAGUUUCACUUCGUUGCGUCGAUCCGGAUGCACUCAAGCGACCGAAAAUGGGGCAUGUCAUCCACAUGCUUGAAAUGGAGGGCUUGCUGCUUCAUGAGGAUUGGAAACAUGGGCAAACUGUAUAUGAUAAGCCAUCUAUACAGAAAAAGUGAUACAAGGAAAGCUUAGUGGCCAUUGGUUUUAUGUGAAUUGACAGUGAAAGUAAUAGAUUGACUACAGUUUUGUUUCUGUUUUUUGGUCCAACAUAUUCAAAUAAUGCUUGACUCUGAAGUUCUUAUCUGACACUACUUGUAAGGGAUCCAACUAGAAUGUGAUUUUUCUUUUUUGUUUCUUAUAAUAGAAAAGGAUUCAAUUUGAUAAUAUUUCAUGAUAAAUCAGCUUGAUUUUGGGCUUUCA